AUCAUUUUUGUCCAGCCCAGCCCCGUGUUUGAACGGGUCUGGCCUGGAAGCAUCUCAGCGAGUCGCACACUCACUCCAUCGUUCUCUUCUCUCCGCCGGCGCCGGCGCCCGCGCCGCAUCGAGUCUUCUCCCGCCGGAGAACGCCACCCACCCUACAGGGACUCCUUCCUCCUAGUCAUCGCGGAGUUAAGAUUCGUCUGGAUUUUGGGACUGGUUCCGCUUCUAGCGUUUUUCAAUCAUAGUGAUCACACCGCGAGAAUGGCACGGAAGUGAUGUCCUAGUCAACAAUGAAACGUUUUGUCUAUAUCAACGAUGAUUCCUGCCAGAAUUCCUAUUGUGACAAUCGAAUAUCCAAUACCAAAUAUACUUUAUGGAAUUUUCUCCCGAAGAACUUAUGGGAGCAAUUCAGGCGUUUCAUGAAUCAGUAUUUUCUGCUAAUAGCCUGCCUUCAGUUGUGGUCCCGUAUUACUCCUGUAAGUCCUGCAACUACAUGGGGUCCACUUAUCAUCAUCUUCAUAGUUUCUGCUUCGAAAGAGGCUUGGGAUGAUUACAAUAGAUAUCUUUCAGACAAGAAAGCAAAUGAAAGGAAAGUGUGGGUGGUAAAAGAUGGCAUCCAUAGACAGAUGAAAGCACAAGAGAUACAUGUUGGAGAUUUAGUGUGGCUCCAUGAGAAUGAUGAAAUACCAUGUGAUCUUGUUCUUAUUGGAACUUCAGAUGCUCAAGGCAUCUGCUAUGUUGAGACUGCUGCUUUGGAUGGUGAAAUUGACUUGAAAACAAGAGUUAUUCCUUCAAUUUCUGCUAACCUGUCACCGGAGCAAUUGGGGAAAGUCAAGGGUGUAGUCGAGUGCCCCAACCCAGAUAAUGACAUACGAAGAUUUGAUGCUAACAUGCGCUUGUUCCCUCCUAUAAUUGAUAAUGAGAAAUGUCCUUUAACAAUCAACAAUACACUUCUUCAAUCAUGUUACUUAAGAUACACUGAGUGGGCAUGUGGAAUUGCAGUUUACACAGGCAAUGAAACCAAAUCAGGAAUGAGCAGGGGAACUGCAGAGCCCAAGCUCACUGCUGCUGAUGCAAUGAUAGACAAGCUCACUGUUGCGAUAUUCAUGUUCCAAAUUGUUGUUGUUCUUGUGCUCGGUUUUGUUGGCAAUAUCUGGAAGGACACUCGAGGUCUUAAGCAAUGGUAUCUUAUGUAUCCUGCAAAGGGACCAUGGUAUGAUUUCUUGGUUAUACCGUUACGCUUCGAGCUGUUGUGUUCAAUAAUGAUUCCUAUCUCCAUAAAGGUUACUCUUGAUUUAGCAAAAGCUGUAUAUGCAAAGUUUAUUGACUGGGAUGAGCAAAUGUUUGAUCAUGAAACACGUACACCUGCUCAUUCGGCUAACACAGCAAUUAGCGAGGACCUUGGACAGGUUGAAUAUAUUUUGAGUGACAAAACUGGGACACUAACAGAGAAUAGAAUGAUCUUCAGAAGAUGCUGCAUAAGUGAUACUAUGUAUGGAAAUGACAACGGAGAUGCUGUAAAAGAUGUCAGACUUCUGAACGCCGUCUCAAGUAAUGAUCCUGAUGUCAUCAAAUUUCUUAUGGUCAUGGCUCUUUGCAAUACAGUGGUUCCUAUCAAAAGCAACGAUGGUACUGUCUCAUACAAAGCACAAUCACAAGAUGAGGAAGCUUUGGUCAAUGCAGCAUCAAACCUGAAUAUGAUGCUUAUAAGUAAAGACAGCAGUACUGCUGAGAUUUGUUUCAAAGGAUCUAAGUUUUAUUACAAGUUAUUGGACAUUUUAGAAUUCACUUCUGAUCGCAAAAGAAUGUCUGUUGUGGUAAAAGAAGGCCAGACUGGGAAGAUCCUUCUUUUAUCUAAAGGCGCCGAUGAAGCAAUUCUUCCUUGUUCUUAUCCAGGACAGCAAAUAAGGAGCUAUCUUGAGGCAGUAGAAAUGUAUUCACAGUUGGGAUUGCGGACAUUAUGUUUGGGAUGGCGUGAGUUGAAAGAAGAUGAAUAUAAGGAUUGGUCCAAAAAAUUCCAAGAAGCUAGUUGCUCAUUGGACAAUAGGGAGUGUAAAAUUGCUGAAGUCUGUCACAGCUUAGAGCGAGACCUUCAUAUUCUUGGUGUUACUGCCAUAGAGGACCGUCUCCAGGAUGGUGUUCCUGAAACCAUUAAAUUAUUGCGGAAUGCUGGAAUUAAUGUGUGGAUGAUAACUGGUGAUAAGCAAAAUACAGCUAUCCAGAUUGGACUUCUUUGUAACCUCAUAACCUCUGAGCCCAAUGGCCAAUUGUUGUCUAUCAAUGGAAAUUCUGAAGAGGAGGUAUUAAGAAGCCUAGAGAGAGCAUUGGUAACUAUGAAGACUACACGCGAAACAAAGGACCUUGCAUUUGUUUUGGAUGGUUGGGCACUUGAAAUAAUUCUAAAGCAUUCCAAGGAAUCUUUCACUAGGCUGGCAAUGCUGUCAAGAACAGCAAUAUGCUGCAGAAUGACACCUUUGCAGAAAGCACAGCUUGUUGGGCUCCUAAAGUCUGUUGGUUACCUAACUCUAGCAAUUGGUGAUGGUGGUAAUGAUGUUAGAAUGAUUCAAGAGGCUAACAUCGGAGUAGGGAUUAGUGGUAGGGAAGGACUGCAAGCUGCAGGAGCUGCUGAUUACAGCAUCGGGAAGUUCAAGUUUCUAAAGAGGUUGAUACUUGUUCAUGGUCGAUAUUCAUAUAAUCGAACAGCAUUUCUUUCACAGUACUCCUUCUAUAAGUCACUUCUGAUUUGCUUUAUACAGAUUCUGUUUUCGUUUUUGUCGGGGCUCUCUGGAACUAGCUUGUUCAACUCGAUUAGCCUGAUGGCCUAUAAUGUUUUCUACACAAGUCUACCUGUAAUGACUAUAAUUUUUGACAAGGAUAUCUCGGAAACAACUGUUCUGCAAUAUCCCCAGAUUUUACUGUAUUCUCAAGCUGGGAGGCUUUUAAAUCCAAGUACUUUUUCUGGAUGGUUUGGGCGCUCAUUGUACCAUGCGCUUGUUAUUUUCUUAAUCACAAUAUGUGCAUAUGCUGAUGAGAAAAGUGAGAUAGAUGAACUCUCAAUGGUUGCACUAUCAGGAUGCAUUUGGUUGCAGGCUUUUGUCGUGACGCUGGACACAAACUCAUUCACUUACCCACAAAUCAUUCUCAUAUGGGGAAACUUUGUGGCCUUCUAUAUGAUCAACUUAAUACUCAGUGCAGUACCAACCCUUCAGAUGUAUACAAUCAUGUUUCGCCUGUGCAGUCAACCUUCAUACUGGAUCACCAUGGCUCUGAUCGUUGCGGUAGGAAUGGGUCCGGUGCUGGCUUUCAGAUACUUAAGAAACUUGUAUCGACCAAGUGCCAUCAACUUACUUCAGCAGAUCGAGCAGACCAACGGAUGUGUACAAACGUCCAGAGAUCUGGAGCCGGCACUUGAGUCGGCAAGAUCCAAUCUCACUAAUUUACUGACUGGUUUGUGUAGAAACAGGGGUUUAAAUUAUCAGCCUUUGCUUUCAGAUUCUGCAGAGGCUGCGAGAUGAUCCAUGAGUGUAUUGGCAGGCGGCAGCUACAACUGAUCGACUAAGCUUUCUUUCAAAGUAUAGAAGUUUUGGAGGCAGUUAAACAAUGAACUUAACCCCUAAGAGUAGUAGGCUUACUGACCAAAUGUUUCAUGAUAGCGUUCUGAAAUAAGUCCUGUCCGGCAAGUCUCCUGCCCGUGAGAUUU